CCCCGGAACCCCCCGGGAGGAGAUUUGGGGGUCCCGCAGCCCCCACAAUCCUUGGGGAGCAGCCCGAGGUUAUUUGGGGGGUGUCACCGCCUUGGGGACACCCCUCACUCUCCCGGGGCCGGACACUCAGGGGUUAACUCGGUGUUUGUCCCGACACGCCCCCGGUACGCCCCCCCACACCCCCCGUGACGUCACGGCUCUACCGGGUCCGUUCGCUGCCGCUGAACCGAACGCCCCCCAUGGCGCUGCGUUUGGCCCCCCCCGUGUUGCGCCUGGCCCGGAGCGGUGUCCGGUGGCGAGGCACCGUUCCCCCCCAGUUCGACUGGCAGGACGCGCUGGGGCUGGAGGGGUUGCUGAGCGCCGAGGAGCGGCUGUUGAGGGACACGACGCGCAAAUAUUGCCAGGAGAGGCUGCUGCCCCGCGUGCUACAGGCGAACCGCCACGAGGUCUUUGACCGGGAGAUCGUGACUGAACUGGGAGAACUGGGGCUGCUGGGGCCCACCAUCCAAGGGUACGGCUGUGCGGGCACCACGUCGGUGGGCUACGGGCUGGUGACGCGGGAGCUGGAGAGAGUGGACAGCAGCUACCGCUCGGUGCUCAGUGUCCAGUCCUCCCUCGUCAUGUACCCGCUGUGGGCGUACGGGACCCCCGCCCAACGCGAGCGCUUCCUGCCCCGCCUCGCUCGAGGGGAGAUCGUGGGGUGCUUCGGGCUGACGGAGCCCAACCACGGGAGCGACCCGGGAGGGAUGGAGACGCGAGCGCGGCACAACCCCAGCGCCAAGAGUUACACCCUGCGCGGCUCCAAGACAUGGAUCACCAACUCGCCCAUCGCCGACCUGUGCGUGGUGUGGGCCAGGUGUGAGGAGGACGGGCGGGUGCGGGGGUUCCUGGUGGAGCGCGGGACCCCCGGGCUCAGCACCCCCAAAAUCGAGGGGAAAUUCUCCCUGCGAGCCUCCACCACCGGCAUGAUCGUCCUGGACGACGUGGAGGUGCCUGAGGAGAACGUGCUGCCUAAAGCCGAGGGGCUGGGGGGUCCCUUUGGCUGCCUGACCCAGGCGCGUUACGGCAUCGCCUGGGGCGCGCUGGGCGCCGCCGAGGCCUGUCUGGAGACGGCGAGGCAAUACGUGCUGGACAGGAAGCAGUUUGGGGGCCCGCUGGCCCGGAACCAGCUGGUGCAGAAGAAGCUGGCGGACAUGGUGACGGAGAUCACGCUGGGGCUGCACGCCUGCCUGCGCCUCGGCCGCCUCAAGGACGAGGGAAAGGCUGCCCCCGAGAUGGUGUCGAUGCUGAAGCGGAACUCGUGCGGGAAGGCGCUAGCCAUCGCCAGGGACGCGCGGGACAUGCUGGGGGGGAACGGAAUCUGUGACGAGUUCCACGUCAUCCGGCACCUCAUCAACCUCGAGGCCGUCAACACCUACGAGGGCACCCACGACAUCCACGCGCUGAUCCUGGGCCGCGCCAUCACCGGCAUCCAGGCCUUCGCCCCGCCCAAGGGGACGUAGCGGGGACACGGCAGCGUGGUGGCACUGGUGACACUGGUGGGGACUGCACAGGUAUCCCCAAAAGGGACCCAGUGUCACUGAUGGGACCUCGUGUCACCAACGGGACUCGGUGUCGCCCCCCGACCAAAUCUGGUGUCACUGGCGGGACCCGGUGUCACCCAAGCACAUCUUGUGUCGCUGAUGGGACCCAGUGCCACCACCCAAACCUCCUGUCACCGACAGGACUCGGUGUCACUGGAGCUGGGCCCUGUGUCCCGUGCCCAUCCCGGUGCCUUCGCCACCCCCGUGGCCAAUAAACGGUGGGACAGCCCCCUCCAUGCCAGC